AUGACAUACCCUCCUCGAGCUUCUCUGCGUCUCUCUCAAAGGCCCUUCCUCAUCGCACAAAAAGCAUGCCCUUUGGCUCCUCUUUUGAGAACUAUAAAAACGCCCGUUGUUUCCCCAAGAUGGCAAACGACCCAAACCAACAAGCCACCACCCGGCGACGUCACUUCCCAUGAUACCCCAGAUCUGUCGCAUUUAAAUCCAUCGCCCGAAGAUUACUCGCGCUUCAUCUUCCAAGAUAAAUGCCAUGUCACAAUGCAUGCUGGUAGUGGAGGCCAUGGUUGUGUCGCCUACCAGCGCGAGAAAUAUAUCGAAGAAGGCCCGCCGAAUGGAGGUGAUGGUGGAAGUGGAGGAAGUCUCUACAUCCAGGCCGUCGAAGGCAUGACGAGCCUACAUAAACUUGCCCGCAGGGGUAUUAUCAAAGCCAGUCGAGGCAGGAGUGGUCAAGGCAAGAGCCAAGGUGGGAAACGUGGUGAGGAUAUUCUCAUCCAAGUUCCUGUCGGCACUGUUGUGCGCGAGGUGGAGCGUCAUGACCCCGUUGCAGAAGAGCUGGCUCGGAUGCGACGAUCAAGGGAGGAAUCAAAGGAGGAACCGACAGAUGAGGACGCAAUUGAGUUUACACCGGUCCGACACGAUCGCUGGGUAAUCCACCCUGCCGCCAAUCCUGCCGAUUUCCUGACCGUGAAAUUUCCCCGACUCAAACCCCGCCGACAACAUAUCGCCGCGAUGGAACCAAAAGCUCCUAUUUACCUCGACCUGUCGCAUCCAAUGGACAAACCUCUGCUUUUGGCUGCGGGUGGUGCGGGAGGUUUGGGAAAUCCACACUUUGCCACCCAGACCAUGGGUCGACCAAAAUUCGCAUCCCGUGGCGAAGGAGGCAUGAUGCUAGAGCUUGACUUUGAGCUCAAGCUUCUGGCAGAUGUCGGAUUGGUCGGUAAACCGAAUGCAGGAAAGAGUACGCUGUUGCGUUCGUUGACCAACAGCCGCACGAGGAUUGGCAACUGGGAAUUCACGACUCUAACACCUCAUAUCGGUACUGUGAUUGUCGAUGAUCACAAAGGCCGACCGCUCGUUGAGUCGAAAUCUCGACGCACUCACUUCACAAUUGCAGAUAUUCCCGGGUUGGUGGAAGACGCUCAUCUUGAUCGUGGUCUUGGCCUAGGAUUCCUUCGACAUAUUGACCGGGCAGGUAUCUUAGCCUUCGUUCUUGAUCUUAGUGCCGGAGACCCUGUCCAGGAACUGCAAAAGCUCUGGCUUGAACUCGGUGCGUAUGAGAAACUGCGUGAUAGCGGGUCCAAAGAGCCUGUUUCCCAAGAUACUGAGGGGGUGAUCGAUUGGAAUCCGUCAGGAUCAGGGCUUCCGGAGCUUCACCGACCGGUAGACCAAAGUAUCGAGUUACCUAUCGCGGAGGAAGAAUCGACUGGACAGGCACUCAACUAUCAAUCAUCUGGCUCACUGCCCUUCCUUCCCAUGCCACCCAUCCACACGAAGCCUUGGUUUGUUGUUGCGACCAAGGCUGACUUGGAAGACACCCGAGAGCAAUACCAGGCUCUACAAAAGUACCUGUCUGAAGUUCAGAAUGGCACCGUCGAACAUCCUUCUGGCCAUGCGGAUGGAUGGAAGGAGAAGGUGACUGCUCUUCCUGUUAGCGCCAUGCGUGGUGAAGGGGUGUCGCGUAUUCCAAAGUUGGUGAUGCAAUAUUUGGAGUGA